CCUCAGCCAGCACACUUAUUAGAUGACCCGUAACACUACCCUGUGUUCAUUCAUCAUUAUUCUCUGCGUUCUCUUCUCUGCUCUGUCGAGCUGUCGAGCGUCCCAUCUCCGUGCCUUCUUGUCGACAACAGACACCCGUUCGAUCAAAACGCACACACACACACGUCCCUUUGCCACCCCACCCCCCUCCUCUCUUCAGCUCCCUUCUUUGUCAGCUCUGUCUUCAACGACAACCCCCCCCCUUUCUUUUGCCUCGACACGACUACCAGCAGAGCCCGCCCCUUCCCAAAGUCUCGUCUCUUUCUGCGCCGCUCCUGUAGCCAUGGAGGAAAAAGACGAUGCUAGCCGUACGCCGCCCACGGUGGAGAGUCUCUUUGGCAGGCACCUCACCGACGACCUGCGAGAGCAAUUCCAAUCCACAUACACGCAUUGGAUCAGCUGCUGUGAACGCAUUGCCUUCUUCAAGGCGUUGGGGCCCGACGACUUGUGCGCCACUAUCACCAGGGCGCUGCCUGUGGAAAAUGCACACACGGACGUGCCUCCCGCUGGCUACGCGAUGCUCGUAACUGCCCUGGUCACCAAGGACUGGGGUGUCGACACCUUCCGCCCCAUUGUGAUGCGCGUGCUGACCGCUUCUGCGUGCGAGGCCAAGUCCUCCGUGAGCGUGAUGUUGGCAGCCUACACUGCGGCGACGGUGUGCGUCAGGAAUUCAACUGCUGCCCAGUGCGAGUCCCUGGUCCAAGGCUGCGAUCUGCAGGACAUCCUUCUCAAGACGAUGCUUCACCAUUCUGGCUCUCCGCUGGUGCUUGCUGUGGCCAUCGCGUUUGUGUACACCUUGGCGGAGGCGGUGCCCAACCACGUGCUCCGCACCUGCUUCACCGACAUCGACUUUGCCUUGCAGCUGAUGGGGCGGUCAGCCAUGACGCGGCUCAACGAACAAGCUAUGGUCCACUUUGUCGCCGAUGUCGCCCACCUCGCACUCCAGCACGAGCUGGUGGCGCCAAAGGCACUGGCCGAGCCCUUCCCAACAGUGCUGCUCCAUCGCCUGAUGAUCGCCGACCGUGACCCCACCAAGACGGAGGAUGCGCUGGAGGUGAUCACGAAGGUGGCUAUGGCACUGGGGAACGACAUAUACAACUGGAUGGACAAGCACAUGAAAUCCCUGUCUUUUGACCAAGGGCUGCUGGUGAAGGCUGCUGUGGAUGAGUUCUGGGAGGCGCCAGCGGAAGCGCAGGACGAAGCGGACGACACCAAGCAGAGGAAGAAGAUGAGGGCUGUGCUGCUUGGGACCCUUCUGAUGCAGGAUACGCUCCUCUACCAGGGCAAGAUCAUCUUGUUCUGCAUCCCCUCCAAGUACUGGCAGUGGUUGAUCUCGACGAUCGAAGACAUGACGUACACGGUGCCCGAGAAGACGCUAAUCUGGCGGGCGCUCAGCAACAUGCUGUUCACACACAGGCUCCCGGAGCGAGGGCGGGGACAGUACGGGGCGGUUUCCUGCAUCGACGACUUGGCUACAGCUGCCAGGCGCUUCCUGAAACGGUACCCAAAGUCUGGGACGUGCGUCACCGUGCCGUUGGCGACUGAAAUGUGCUGGGAUCUGAUGCGGCACCUCAUCACCAAGGUCAGGCAGAUGCUGGAAACUAGCGCCCCAAGCGAGGAGACGUGUGCCAGGCUUACGCUCAUCGGCCAGAUGCUUGUGGGUGAUGGCUGCGGUGCAUCUUCCUCAGACGCAGCUUGCCCAGACACACGCGCUUCAGAUGCAGCUACCCCAGACGCACGCCCUUCAGACGCAGCUUCUUCCUCAGGUGCCCGCUCCCCAGAUGAACGCGACCAACCAGGGCUCAUGUGCUUCUGUGGCUGUGGCAAGGUAUAUGUCAAACCGCCAACAAAGGCGGACGCGGAUCUCCUGGUGUGCGUGAUUCUCCAGGCCAUGCAGUGGCGCGGGGACGUCGGCGACUUGGAGGUGUCGGCAGCCAUGCAACUGCAAAUGCUUGUACCGUACAAAGCCAUUUGGGAGAGUGUGCUGGAGGUUGACGCCAUACCUGUGCUGCUUGGACUUCUCCGGCGCCACGCCAGGGGCAGGGACGGCGCCAGUGGCGACAUGGCGUGGUACAUGACGCAGGUGCUCACCACGCUGUGCACAGCGGGCACACGCGCACGUAUGCUUAUUGCCGAGACCCGCCUUGGCCUGACGACGCUCUUGUCCCUCGUCAGUGAUCCCUGGUUUCAUCUGACGACGGGACACCAGGCGCUCAUGCCUCUGGUCAGCAUCAUCACUGAUGCAAAGGCGAAGUCCGUGGCUCUGCCCACGCUCCGACAGCUCGGCGUAACCUCGAUUGACGAGUACAUCUCCGGCAUGUUCUCCUUUGAAAAGGUACCAAGCCCAGCCUCUGGCGAAGUCCCCGCUGACGUGCUGCAUGUAAUGCAGAGGCUCAAGGAGGACCGCGUCGCGUGUUUGGACGUGGCCGUUGACUUCCUUUACACGUUGCUCGACGAUUCGGAGGAAGACGCCCGAAAGGUCAGGACCUACUAUGUCCCUGUGUCAAGGACAACCCUGACCGCGCUGAUGGAGCGAGCCGCGAGCCUUGGUCGCGAUGACACCGAGAAGAUUGGCAACACUCUCAUGGUUGUGGAGUGUCUGCUGAACAUGGGCGGUCGGGGGGAGUCCAACGCACUGGAGUUCGUGGCGACUCGCCCCAUAAAGGCGUUUAUCAAGAUUGUGAGGCGCUUCAUGGGCACCGGUGGCGAAAUCUUCGCAGGCUGUGUCAGCUUGUCCCUCCUCGUCUUGGGUAGAGUGGGCAUACAGCCUGUUGCUGCGGUGUUGUGUGAUGUCUCGCGCAGACACCCAAAACUCUCGGCCGUGGCCACGCUCGAGCGUUCGCAUGACAUGAUCAAACAAUCGGGGAUCAGCUACUGUCCUUACGGCACCUCGUUCGAGAAGCUGCGAGAGUUGGUGGAGCUGGUGAAAGAGCAGUUGCGUGCAGUGAACCAGCCUGCGACCGGCAAUGCUUGAUGUGGUUGAGAGAUGAUGCAGUGUGUGCGUGUGUGUGUGUGCAUAGUUGUUGUUGUUGUUGUUGUUAGUGGUUGUUGUUGUUGUCGUUGUUGUUGGUGUUG